UGUUGAUCAGACUUGGAGAACCYGGAGUUACCACGUCCUGGGGGUUUCUGAGAGUCAGCUGGGACCACGGCACUGGUCCACGGGCACAGUGUCAGCAGCACCAUCAUGAUUUCACACCCUGUGCCCAGUGCAAAUGUGGCUGUGCUCACAUCAAAUGGCAUCAACUUUCCCCAAACAGAGAAUACAAGACCCACCCAUAGUAACCUGGACAACUUGAAGAAACGUCUAAAGGCAGAGGUCAAAGUCAUUGGGGUUAACAGCAGCCUGAUCACAAACAUUCUGAGUGCUCUGUGUGCCCUGGUGGGUUUCUUUAUCAUCGCCGUCAAUCUAGCUGCUUUGGGUCCUGCCGCAGAGGAGUGCGUGUUGAAGCAACAGGCUAAGCCAACCGCUUUUUUUGGGUAUUACUAUCCCCAUAAUGGAGAGAACUACAGGGGCUGCUACCCAGCCAAGGCCAGUCUAGCUGGAGUCCUGUCUGUGAUGCUGAUUGGCACCGUGUUGGAGGCCUGCCUGGCUGUGCUCAUUUCUGUGCUGUGGUGGCUGCAGGCCCACUCUGAUGUCCCUGGGAGUGUGUUAUUCCUGCCUCAUAGUAACAGGAAUAAAUUCAACAUGGCCCCACAGGAGCUUUGUAACCCUGCAUAUGAGGAAAUGACUUCUUAAAGAACAAAGAAGAGGAAAAUAUUCAGCAGAAAUUGGUCUUCAUGAUAAUACAUAAUAAUAAUAAUAGUAAUAAACCCAUCGUAGAACAGAAAAGUUUUGGUUCCCUAAAAUGUAGACUUUUUAUGCAAUGAGUAUUACAAAACUUGUUGAACGUAUGUGUCCGCUGAUGCUCUCUUGAUUUGCCGGACAUCGUCGGCUUCAGCAAAAGCACAGGUCUGGAAAACUGCUUAAAUAGACUGGCCCAAAAGUCCCAGACAUUUCCCAGAAAACUAGGUACAAUGUUUCAGUGGAUCAUAGUGAAGCCCAGGAGACAACUUUUUCCUGCCCCCCUUAACAGGAGUUAUCUGAUUGGUUGUAGAUUUGGUCUCUCUUAGAGGUGGCAUUAAUUGUUCACCUCAUGUAUUUCACUUGUUAGUGCAUGGAGACAAGUUCAUGUGAUGGCAUCUCAGAGACUGUAAAAGUAGUUGGCUUCAAAAUAAAGUCUUUGUGUGACUGCACAUUUCAUUUCAAAAGUCAUUGUGUUAUUUUUCCUUCAAGGGC